AUGAAAAGUGAAACUGAAUUAGCUUUGAAUCGCACCCAAAGUGGUGUUAAUUCAGCUAGAGUAGUGCAAUAUGUUUGUCCUAUGAGUGGAGAAGCAAAUGAAGUGUAUCAGUCAAAGCGAACUAGAAGGAUUCCAUAUGGUAUUACCGAAUUAACAUUAGAGCAUGAGUCUGCUUUAAAGGGUUUAUUUGAUACUUUGAAUACCUAUGGUGAUAAUAAGAUACGUUUAGAUGAUUUAGUUGCUGCAUUAAGGCGAGCUUUUGAUAAUGGUACUGUAACGUUCUCAAGAUAUGAAGCAAUAGCUGCAGAGGUAACUGGUGAUCAUAUCGAAGGAGAAUUAAACAUAUUAAAAGAAGACUUUAACAUUAAUGGAGAUGAAAUGUUAGAUUUCGAAGAUUUCCGUAGACUAGCAAGAAUGAAAAUAUUGAGACUUGACCGCGAUGAUGAAAUUCAACUCGGUUUUAGAUUAUUAGACAGAAAUAAUAGUGAAUAUAUAACAGCUUUAGAACUUAAACAAAUGCUAAUUACAAAAGGUAUCUCUCCAUUGACACCAGAUGAAGCUGAUGAACUACUUUUCAUAGCUGAUCAAAAUAAUGAUGGGCUUAUUAGCUAUGAAGAGAUUAAACGUUAUCUAGAAUACAAUAGAAAACCAAUACUUAAUUAG